AUGACGGCCCCGGGUCUACAUAUCCUCUACGUCCCAUCAUUACAGGCGGUCUUUCUCACCAGCCGAUCUCUUGCUGGAGGUCGCGGCUUGGCUUUACAAGAUCACUACCGCGCGCUGCCCUUCCCCCCACGAUCGCUCGAGGCUUUCCCCGGUCUGAAUCUCGGCGCCGGUGGUGGCAGCUAUAUCAUACCGACUGAGGAGGUCCGACAGGGUCUCGCACGCAUAUCUCAGUGCCUUGGCAAGCCGGCUUUCUCUCCUCUGGCCUCAUUCCUCGUGCUCUCGUUGCCGCUGUCGCUGCUAUUCGAGGCCUCCCCUUCCACUAUCCCCGUCGUCGGGUGCAAAGCCCUCGAACUAGAUCCCGAGUGUCGUGAACGACAUGGACUUGUGAAGUCGCCGCAGCAGCCACAGAAGAAGGGGAUUUCUUUAGAUGUCUCCAAGAUUGUGCAGGACACCCUUCAAGCCCCGAAGGAGACUGUCCGCGCAAACCACAGGCUCGUCAUUAUGAAGGCGCCCAACUUCACCAGUAUGAUCGAUAUGGAGGCUGCAGAGCAGCGUGGCAGCAUCACCGGACAGGAGAUACUUUUCAGCUACUUCAACCAUGUUGGAUGUAAUAAGACUGGAUAG